UGCAAGCGAAAAACGCAAUAGCUAAGCUGCAAAAAGCUUGUUAUUCAUAAAAAUUAGUACGCGACAUUAAACUAAUUAAGAGCUAAUAUAUUCAUAACUGUGCUGCAAGGCUGUGCUAAUAUUGGUAACGCCACAAAACGACAAGAGCUAAAAACAAGAGAUUAAGCUUUAGCACCAAAACAGCGAAACGAUUAAUAGACAAAAUAGCAAAAUAAAACAAAUAGAAAAUGUUCCGCUCGACUUUUGACAAAAAUCUUGAAAACGCAACGAGCCACUUGCGACUGGAGCCUGACUGGCCAUCCAUUCUACUAAUUUGCGAUGAAAUUAAUCAAAAGGAUGUCACCCCAAAGAAUGCUUUUGCAGCAAUAAAGAAAAAGAUGAGCUCACCAAAUCCGCAUUCUGCUUGCUACUCUCUCUUGGUCCUCGAGAGCAUAGUGAAGAACUGUGGAGCUCCCGUGCAUGAGGAGGUCUUCACCAAGGAGAACUGUGAAAUGUUUAGCAGCUUCUUGGAAUCCACGCCGCACGAGAAUGUGCGCCAGAAAAUGCUCGAGCUGGUGCAGACUUGGGCAUACGCCUUUAGAUCCUCCGAUAAGUAUCAGGCUAUCAAGGAUACUAUGACUAUAUUGAAAGCCAAGGGACAUACAUUCCCCGAGCUUAAGGAGGCGGACGCCAUGUUUACAGCAGACACUGCGCCCAAUUGGGCCGAUGGCAAGGUGUGCCAUCGCUGCCGUGUGGAGUUCACCUUCACCAAUCGGAAACAUCAUUGUCGCAACUGUGGCCAAGUGUUCUGUGGCCUGUGCACGGAGAAGCAAUGCCCGUUACCCAAGUAUGGCAUUGAAAAGGAUGUGCGUGUCUGCGAUGGUUGCUUCUUGGCACUGCAACGACCAGGGGGUGUCAAGCCCAGCACACGGGUUCCCGACAGCGAUUUACCCGCGGAGUAUUUGAACAGCUCGUUAUCGCAGCAAGUGCAGACACCGGCGCGCAAGACUGAGCAAGAGCUUAAGGAGGAGGAAGAGCUACAGCUGGCCAUAGCCUUGAGUCAGUCGGAGGCAGAGCAAAAGAAGCAACCGGCAGCGGCUGCAACGUAUCGUCGUCCACGUUCGCCUAGUCCAGAGCACGCACCCGUGGCCCAACUGCAACAGCCGCCGCAAACGGAGGAGAGCAAUCCCGAGCUAGCCAAGUACUUAAAUCGCAGCUACUGGGAGCAGCGCAAAAUAAGCGAAUCCUCCUCAAUGGCCAGCCCCUCAGCGCCCAGUCCCAUGCCGCCAACGCCGCAGCCUCAACAGCUGCAGGCGCUGCAAGCAAUGAACACACCCAAGACUGCGGAUGAGCUGCAGAUAGCUGAGUUUGCUGCGAACAUGCGCACGCAGGUUGAGAUCUUUGUUAAUCGCAUGAAGAGCAAUUCGAGUCGUGGACGCAGCAUUUCCAAUGACUCUUCAGUGCAAACGCUCUUUAUGACUUUGACAUCGCUGCACUCACAGCAGCUGUCGUACAUCAAGGAAAUGGACGACAAGCGCAUGUGGUAUGAGCAGCUGCAGGAUAAACUGGCACAGAUCAAGGAUUCGCGUGCUGCACUGGAUGUGCUGCGACAGGAGCAUGUGGAAAAGCUGCGGCGCCAGGCCGAGGAGCAAGAGCGUCAACGUCAACUGCAAAUGGCGCAAAAGCUGGAAAUUAUGCGCAAGAAGAAGCAGGAGUAUUUGCAGUAUCAGCGUCAGCUAGCGCUGCAGCGCAUUCAAGAGCAGGAGCGUGAGAUGCAGCUGCGCCAGGAACAGCAAAAGGCGCAGUAUCUGAUGGGUCAAAGUGCACCGUUUCCUUAUUUGCCCGCCGCUGUGCCCGCACACGGUUCGCCCUCACAUCAGAACAAUAUGUAUAAUCCCUAUGCCACCAACUAUAUGCCACACAAUGGACAGCAAUUUGCCAGCGGCAUACCACCGCCCGGCAUGUAUAAUCCCGCCAUGCCACAAGCACCACAAGCUGCUCCAGCCGCUGCUCCCGGCAUGAUGAUGCCUCCUGCUGGCAAUAUGAUGCAGCCACCACAGCCAGACCAACAGCCUUAUCCCAAUCAUAUGCUAACGCAACCACCACAACAAUUGCCACCACAACAGUUGCCACCACAAGCUCCGGUCCAGCAGCCAGCACAACAAGUGCAAGCACCACCACCACACUUGGCUCAUGUUAUGCUGCAGCAGCAACAGUUGGUGCAGUCGCAUCCACCGCUAGCCCAAGCUCCACAGCAGGCAGCUGCGCCGCCGGUUCAACAGCCACCGCCAUCACUUGCGCCGCCAGUUCAACAGCCACCGCCAGCACUUGCGCCACCUCAAGCCACAAUUGCUGCAGAACAAGUGCAAGCGAUAGCUGCUGCUCCAGCGCCCCCACAAUCUGAACCAGAGCGCACUAAAGCCCCAGAGCCCGCCACAGCAGAGCUCAUUAGCUUUGAUUAGUAAUUGCAUGUUAUUCCACUAUUAACAAUACAUAUUAUACUAUUAUUAUCUAUUAUCCAUUAUUGUGUUGUAGUCAGGCAAGCAUUACUAGAAAAUCUUGUUUCCUUUAAUAUUUCUGCAAGAAUGAAUUUAAUCAAAUUUAUGUUUCAUUUUUAAAACCAUCUGGACAUGUAAAGCGAUGUUUA